UUAUCUCGGCGGACAAGGUCUAUGUGCCCGGAGGAACCAAGGACGGCACCGGAGACGCUCCAAACACUCUAGAUGCUGUCUCGGAGCUCGCCAAGAAAGCAAAAGAGAAAGACAAAGCUUGCGGAAGGAGACAGGGUGCAACUCAAGGCGAGUGUGAAGGGCCUACCAAGUUUGCCUGCAAGAAGCCCACUUCCCCUGCUAAAAAUGACAGGGAUGAUUGCAUUCUGUUGGUGUUGAAGGCGUUUCAAGAUUGGUCAUAUAGAUAUUCAGUGAAAUACCUUUACAGAUUCAGUUUCGGCUACACGGCUGAGAGUCUACAAGUAUAG